ACGUCGUCCUCGAGCCGCAGCAUUGCUCGUGUUCAACUGCCCGCUCAUCGUCCGACCCAGUGAUUAGGCUUCUGUAUACCGCUGCUCCCUAAGAGCGAACGAUGAUACCGCACUGGCCCCGGAUAGCUCUGCCCGUAUCUCUACUUCUUCUCUCGCUGCAUGUAUCGGCAUACAGUUCCAAGAACCAGUCUAUGAGCCGAAGCCUAGGUUCCUACGGAUAUGACUUAUCACCGCUCAUGGUGACAAAUACACGACCAGCGGAGUGCCCGCCAUGUUUCAAUUGCCAGCUUGAUGCCUUCUCUUGCGGGCACUUUGGAGAGUGCUCGACAUAUGACGGACAAUGCAAGUGUCCACCAGGAUGGGCGGGAAUUGACUGUCUGACUCCGCAGUGUGAUUCUCUUGCCAACGGAGAGAAGCGUAGACAGAGGGAACCAGGCCAGAAAUGUGAAUGCGAGGAUGGAUGGGGUGGAGUGAACUGCAAUGUAUGUAAGACUGACGAAGCGUGCAUUGGAUUCCCGCUUGCUGGCAAGCCCCUGGAGGACGGCGAAGAGAUCAACAAUAUGACAUGUUACAAGGGCGGUGUCACGGUGUUCGAGAAUCACCAGAUAUGCAAAGUGACGAACCGGAAAAUCCUGGACAUGCUUCCUGAUCGUCCUCCGGAAGUGACAUUCAGCUGCAACACAGCGGAAGCUACGUGCCAGUUUCAGUUCUGGACAGCACAAGAGGAGUCUUUUUACUGUUCACUGGAUACUUGCAAGUCAAGCAUAGAUGUCGGUUUCGAUUUCAACACGACCAAAUACGAAUGCGAGAACAUCCAGUGCAAGUGUGUGCCUGGACGGUUCAUCUGUGGCGAGAAUGGAAGCGUUGACAUCACGGACUUCUUGAAGGAAGACAUCACCGGGCCUGCAUCGUUUAGCUGCAAGAGUAGCAGCGGAUGCAAGUUCGAGGAACCCGGCAUGAACAUGCUGAUUGAGACAUUCUUCGGCGACGGGUACAUCACGCUGGAUUGUGACAGUGGCGAGUGCCUGCAUUAUUCACAGGUUCCUGGCUAUAUUCCUCCACCAAAACCCGACAACAGUCGCUUCAUCGCGCUGAGCAUCGCAGGCCUGGGGCUCCUCGUAAUUGCAUCUUCCGCAGCGUUCUGGUAUGCGGGUAGAGCUCGCUCCGGAGACUUUGGAGAGAUUCGUCUCCCAGAAAACGAGACUGCGAAGCUUAUGACGGACCAUGUUCCCGCGUCUCUACACUUCUCCGACAUCUCGUAUGCCCUUGGGAACCGCACCAUCUUGGAGAACAUCUCUGGUGUGGCGAAGCCCGGCCAGCUCAUGGCCAUCAUGGGCGCGUCGGGUGCGGGCAAGUCAACAUUCCUCGACAUCCUCGCGCGCAAGCGCAAGCGCGGCACAGUCAGCGGGCGCAUUCUCGUAAAUGGACGCGAGGUUGCCGAUGCGGAUUUCAAGAAGAUGACAGGGUAUGUGGAUCAGGAGGAUACGCUGAUGAGCACGUUGACGGUGUAUGAGACUGUGCUGUAUUCUGCGCUGUUGCGGUUGCCGCGCGAGAUGAGCCUCGAGGCAAAGAAAUUCAGGACGCUGGAGACAAUGCAUGAGUUAGGAAUUCUUGGUAUCAAGGACGCUAGGAUCGGCGAUUCCGGUCGGCGGUCUAUCUCGGGCGGCGAGAAGCGUCGUGUUUCCAUCGCUUGUGAACUGGUGACGAGUCCUUCGAUAUUGUUCUUGGACGAGCCAACAAGUGGUUUGGAUGCAUUCAAUGCUUUGAGUGUCAUCGACUGUCUGGUGACGUUGGCAAGAGAAUACAAGCGCACUGUGGUCUUCACGAUUCACCAGCCUCGUAGCAACAUUGUUUCGCUAUUUGAUCAGCUCAUUGUCCUCGCUCAGGGCAAAUUAAUCUACUCAGGGGAAGCAGACAAGUGCCAGGAUUAUCUCCAGAAGAUUGGACAUUCCUGCCCUCCAGGGUUUAACAUUGCCGAUUUUCUAAUUGAUAUGACGAUGCAGGCUGGACUAGAGCCACGGUCACUAGAGAGUCCGCAGGGCGAGCUGACCACUCUGGAGGACGGUGAUAACGCCCGUGACGAGGAGCGAGCAUUUGAGCAUGGCACCGCUAGUCAUUCGCUGUCAGGUCGAUCCCAUGACCAGUCUUCCACGGCGGUAGACGAGACAGAGUUGCAGCUGCGCCCCAGCUCGGUCGCAGGCUCCGCAUCCGGAUAUGUCAAGCGCAAGACGUCGCAGCUGCUGAAAGCCAUCACGCCAAUUUCAUCCCCGGGAGACACACCCUUGGCCCCUCGUUUGCAAGUGUUGGUGGACGCAUUCGCGGAGAGCAGCAUCGCUGCUGCGAUUAAGGAGGACUUUGAGGAAAUGGCGCGAACAGCUGCUGCGGCGCAGGACGCGGCAAACCAAUUGCCAGAUGUCGCGCUGGAGACGAACCUCACGAGGGGCCGCAAACGCGCUAGCUGGGGGACACAGUUCCGGAUUUUGAGCGGACGCGCAUUCAAGAAUUUGUAUCGCGAUCCGGCGCUGUUGGCUGCCCACUAUGUCUCGGCGGUUGUUGUUGCAUUGAUUUGUGGAUUCUUUUUCCACAAUGUCUCCGACGAUAUCGCUGGAUUCCAGAACCGACUUGGCCUGUUCUUCUUCACGCUCGCCCUCUUUGGUUUCUCCUGCUUGUCCAGCCUUACCUUGUUCGCCAAUGAGAGGAUAUUGUUCAUGAGAGAACGUGCGAAUGGAUACUACUCUCCCCUCACCUACUUCUUAUCAAAGAUCCUGUUCGACAUCUUGCCUUUACGAGUAGUGCCGCCCCUUGUGUAUGGAGGGAUCGUGUACGGCCUCGUUGGCCUCGUGCCCACAGUUCCUGCGUUCUGGAAGUUCAUUCUCACGCUCGUGCUUUUCAAUCUCACGACGGCGAGCGUCAUCCUCAUGCUCUCGAUUGCCUUCGCGAGCGUCAGCGUGGCCAGUUUGGCUGGGACGCUGAUUAUGUUGUUCAAUCUGCUAUUUGCGGGACUGCUGAUCAACCGCCAGACACUCGGUCCACGCUGGGAGUGGUUGGAUGUCAUCUCGUUCUUCCAUGCAGCAUUCGAAGCGCUCGCUGUCAACGAGCUUCGUUAUCUCCAGUUGAAGGAGAACAAGUAUGGCGUUGAUAUUGAUGUUCCUGCUGCCGCUAUAUUGUCGACAUUCGGGUUGAAAGCCCAGUCAUUCUGGUGGCCGAACAUCUCGCUGCUCGGAAUCUUCUUUGGCGUUUUCACUACCGCGAGUUACCUCAUCCUUCAUUUUUACGUGAGGGAGAAGCGGUAACACGCACCCACGGCGACUUGACUCCUACGACGAUUGUCAUGUCAUUUAGCUUUGAUUGCCAGCUCUUGUCGACAGCUUGUAUAGUAUUCACCUGUACUACUCGUCUGUCUGAGGGUUGUUGUGCAUUGCCGGCCCAGUAGCUCCUGGUUGCCGAGCUGAGCGGAAGAGGGAAUACGUACGUGCAGCGUGCGCUUCGCUUGGCAGGAGCAUGGAAGUUGGUGGCAGUUACGCGAAGGUGCAGCCGAUUGGUGAGCCGGUGCAUUGAACCAGUCCGCGAAGAAAGAUGGUCCUCGAUACUUCCAAACCUCUCGGAGCUCGAAGGAACAGGUUCUCGCUGAUGAUCAGGCCUUGAAUAGAUCUAUCGGUG